GCCAUCCCCGUGGUCGGUAUAUUGUCUCUGAGUCACAGCUGGGGGUGGGACGGGCAGCCCCUUUGCCAGCGGGAGGAUGGGCGUGUUUAUGACUGACACGCUAUACAUGCGCUGGAGGGGAUCGGCAACUUUCACUACCUAAUCCCGAGGCAGCCGAAGUAGGGCAGGCGAAAGAGACGGGGACAAGGGGAAGGGGGCAGGACGGUGCCGCUUUUGUGUCACACAACUAGUUUAUUCAGUUGUAGUCAGCCCGAGGUGCUUUUAAGGGUUGAUUUCUUUUAAAUGAAAGCCGGAAACCUAUGAAUAUUUUUUGUAAUGAAGCGGAUAUACUGCAAGUGAUAGGCUGAACCAAGCAAAGGCGGAGUCUGUAGGAAAGAGGCUCUUUCAGGCAGACAGUUGUUCUCAUGUAGAGCCUCAUCCAAUGUGGCGGAUAACUGGGACCACUUUGCCAGGCUGAUAAAGACCUAGCUGAGCACCUCCCUGAUGGCAAGCCUAUUCUUUGGGCUGCUUCUUUUCGCAACGUGGCCCCCAUCUGUGCUGUCUCGUCCCCCCGGGGCCAUAACCUCACCGUCACCAAUGCCGGAUGGCGGCCAGCCUAAUGGGACAAGACAGAGGCUCCCUCAGAUCAUCAUCAUCGGCGUGAGGAAGGGUGGCACACGGGCCCUCAUCGAGAUGCUGAGCCUUCAUGGCGAUGUGGUGGCAGCCCGCAACGAGGUGCACUUCUUCGACUGGGAGAGCAACUUUGAGAGGGGCCUGUCCUGGUACGUAAGCCAGAUGCCCCCCUCCUUGCCUGGGCAGCUGACCGUGGAAAAGACCCCUGCCUACUUCACCUGUAGCCAAGUUCCGGAGAGGCUUCACCGCAUGGACCCCAACGUGAAGCUUCUGCUCAUCCUCAGGGACCCCACAGAGCGGGUCCUUUCGGACUACACACAGGUCUUCUACAACCGGCUCCAGAAACAUAAGCAGUACCAUCCCAUUGAAUCAGUGCUGCUAAAGGAUGGACAAAUGAACCUGGACUACAAGGCCCUCAACCGGAGCCUGUACUACCUUCACAUGCAGAACUGGCUGCAAUACUUCCACCUUGGGCACAUCCACAUCGUUGAUGGUGACCGGCUCAUUGAAGACCCCUUUCCUGAGAUGAAGAAGGUGGAGAAAUUCCUUGGCUUGUCACCCCAGAUCAAUGCCUCGAACUUCUACUUCAACAAAACCAAGGGCUUCUUUUGCCUGCGGGACCACGGCCGGGAGCGGUGUCUGCACAGCUCGAAGGGGAGGGCCCAUCCAGAGGUGUCCCGCCCCCUCUUGGACCAGCUGUACAGCUUCUUUCACGAACCCAACAGAAAGUUCUUCCAGCUUGUUGGAAGAACCUUCAACUGGAACGACAGAACCAGAUUCCAGAAGUACCAUCAGUAAAUACAUGACGCACUCUGAAUUAACUCAUGUACAGCAUACAAAAUGGCAUAUAAACAAAAUAUAUUUUUUUAUGUUUCUGUUUUCUUAUUCACUUGGGACUCUACUGCUGUACGUAUCACUGUGCCGUUUGGUGGCCAAUCAUCCCGUGGCACCGAGAUGCAUUCAGAUCGCUCUUCUUCCUCGAAGCUAAAACGUGCUGGAGACUCGUGCAAUGUUAUCCUGCGAAGUGGUCAGUGUUACGACGUGCAUUACGACUGAAACAUACCAAUGUGAUAGUCACACUCCAAUGAAGAAUCUGCACUCUGUCACAUAUAGACGGAUUUCUUUUUGCUUUUUAUAUCUGUGUCUAGCUGAAUGAUUUCCUUUGUGCUAACAAUUAAAUAAUAUACAAACUCGUCUUGUAUCUCUGUGAUGAAAUUUUUUAGAUAUUUAGUGUCAAGUGUGGUGCAUUUUAAUAGUUAUAUAAAUACUGAGACAUUAAGGGAUGUUUAAAUUCGGUAACACUUUACCUGAGGAGGCACAAAUAAUGUAGUAGUACUAUCUUACUUAAUAUAUUAAUCAACCAGAAACUAAGCAGCAGCGAUGUACUGAUGCCAUGUUCGUUCAUCAUUAAUCAGUCAAAAUAGUUCAUGAAUUUCAUGCAGUUACUAUAUUUGUUCAUGAUUUAUACUUGACUAGUAACUGUGUUGCCAAGUCACUUGUGCCCUUCAAGUGAAGUUUUACCUUAAAUUCUACCAAACAAGCAUUAGUGGGUUAUUUUUCCUACAGUGCAGCCUGUAGGUUAGUAUUAUGUAAAUGUCAAUGACAAUUUUAAUGAAGGAUUGACACAAAUGAAAUGUAUUUUUAUUAUCGUGUUUCCCAUGAUUGUUGUGUGUUUAUUGUAAAACAUUUUCUGUAUUUUUAUAUAGACUCGGGUCGAUUGUGGAGUUAAUUCCAUAUAAUGCGCAAAGUGAAGAGGAAGGUAAAAUUUAAAAACCCUCUCUGGUCCAGUUACUGGAGAGUAAUGUGUAUUUAUUAAAGUUGGGGAUGGCCGUGAGAGCGUCCAAAAACUGUG